AUGGCCAGCCAGACCCAGGGAAUCCAGCAGCUGCUGCAGGCUGAGAAGAGGGCUGCGGAGAAGGUGGCAGAGGCUCGGAAACGUGAGCCAAGGAUCCCAGGCAAAGCACGGAGGCUGAAGCAGGCCAAGGAAGAGGCCCAGGCUGAAAUUGAGCAGUACCGUUUGGAGCGGGAGAGAGAGUUCCAGCACAAGCAGCAAGCGGCUCUGGGCUCACAAGGAAACUUGUCUGCUGAGGUGGAGGCCCAGACACGCAAGAAAUUGCAGGCAAUGCAAGGAGGGCAAGCUCGGGGCAAAGAUCGAGUGCUGCGUCAGCUUCUCACUCAUGUUUGGGAUGUGCAACCUCAGCUCCACCUCAAUUACCGCUUGGCUGUCUAGAAGACUCACUCUUGUCCUGCACUUGCCACCUGGUUACUUAGGACACUUCACUGACCUACAUCUUCCACCAUCCCCUUGCAAUGACAAGUCUCCUAAUUGCUAG